GCGGGGCCGGGCCUCGGAGUCGGGACUCGCGGGCGGCAGGCAGGGGCGUCACUGCGCGGCUGGCCGGAGAGGCCGCGGCAUGGGGCGAGUGCAGCUCUUCGAGAUCAGCCUGAGCCACGGCCGCGUCGUCUACAGCCCCGGGGAGCCGUUGGCUGGGACCGUGCGUGUGCGCCUGGGGGCACCGCUGCCGUUCCGAGCCAUCCGGGUGACCUGCACAGGUUCCUGCGGGGUCUCCAACAAGGCUAAUGACACAGCGUGGGUAGUGGAGGAGGGUUACUUCAACAGUUCCCUGUCGCUGGCAGACAAGGGGAGCCUGCCCGCUGGAGAGCACAGCUUCCCCUUCCAGUUCCUGCUUCCUGCCACCGCACCCACGUCCUUUGAGGGUCCUUUCGGGAAGAUCGUGCACCAGGUGAGGGCCGCCAUCCACACGCCACGGUUUUCCAAGGAUCACAAGUGCAGCCUCGUGUUCUAUAUCUUGAGCCCCUUGAACCUGAACAGCAUCCCAGACAUUGAGCAACCCAACGUGGCCUCUGCCACCAAGAAGUUCUCCUACAAGCUGGUGAAGACGGGCAGCGUGGUCCUCACAGCCAGCACUGAUCUCCGUGGCUAUGUGGUGGGGCAGGCACUGCAGCUGCAUGCCGACAUUGAGAACCAGUCAGGCAAGGACACCAGCCCUGUGGUGGCCAGUCUGCUGCAGAAAGUGUCCUAUAAGGCCAAGCGCUGGAUCCACGACGUACGGACCAUUGCGGAGGUGGAGGGUGCGGGCGUCAAGGCCUGGCGGCGGGCGCAGUGGCACGAGCAGAUCCUGGUGCCUGCCUUGCCCCAGUCGGCCCUGCCGGGCUGCAGCCUCAUCCACAUCGACUACUACUUACAGGUCUCUCUGAAGGCGCCGGAAGCUACUGUGACCCUCCCGGUCUUCAUUGGCAAUAUUGCUGUGAACCAUGCCCCAGUGAGCCCCCGGCCAGGCCUGGGGCUGCCUCCUGGGGCCCCACCCCUGGUGGUGCCUUCCGCACCACCCCAGGAGGAGGCUGAGGCUGCGGCUGGCGGCCCCCACUUCUUGGACCCCGUCUUCCUCUCCACCAAGAGCCAUUCGCAGCAGCAGCCCCUGCUGGCCACCUUGAGUUCUGUGCCUGGUGCGCCCGAGCCCUGUCCUCAGGAUGGCAGCCCUGCCUCACACCCGCUGCACCCUCCCUUGUGCAUUUCAACAGGUGCCACUGUCCCCUACUUUGCAGAGGGCUCCGGGGGGCCAGUGCCCACCACCAGCACCUUGAUUCUUCCUCCAGAGUACAGUUCUUGGGGAUACCCCUAUGGUGAGUCGACAGCCAGGGCUUGGCAGGGAGGGGACACCAGGAGCCCCAUGCAGACCCUGCUUUCUUCCCGCAGAGGCCCCACCGUCUUAUGAGCAGAGCUGCGGCGGCGUGGACCCCAGCCUGACCCCUGAGAGCUGACCCCGUGCUGCCUUCUCCAGGCAGGCCUGGCCUCUGCCCUGGGACUGGGGCGCCCAGGGCCUCGUGCCUUCUCUCUCGGCCUAGCCUGGCCCACUCAGGACCUGCCCAGCCUCUGCCAGCUCCUCUGGCAUCCGCCCUCUUCUCCCUGGGGCUGGGGUGGGGGUGGCAGGGAGCUGGGACCUGGAGAGACGACUCCUGUAAAUAAAACACUUUAUUUGUAGA